AUGGCAACGCCCCUCAUUCUGCUUCCUGGUGACGAGGUCCCAGAGGGCCAGUUACCAGCUACCAGCUCCAACCCUCUUAAGCUAGGACCCGGCCUCCGACUGCUAUCACAGUCAUCAUCAACACCCGCAUCCAACCAUGUCCUGACGGCCACUCAAGCCGGUCUACUGGCAACCGAUGCCAAGCGCAAUACAGUAUCGCUGAUGCCCUCAGCAAACCGCCGAUAUAUUCCCACCAACAACGACCUCAUCAUUGCUCAGAUUCACCACUCCAGUGCUGAUUAUUUCCACUGCGUUGUCACCCCGCAUACAGCACAAGCACUACUGGGCCAGCUAUCAUUUGAGGGUGCGACGAAGAAGACAAGGCCAAUGUUGAAACAGGGCGAGCUGGUUUAUGCACGAGUCCUGUCCGUUGGUGUCGGUGCCGGCGCCGAGGUUGAGCUCACCUGUGUCAACCCGGCGACAGGCAAGGCAGAACCAGGCGGGCUGGGCCCGCUGGUCGGGGGUAUGGUCUAUGAUGUCUCCACGGGCAUGGCAGCUCGGUUGAUCCGCGCAAGCUCGUCUUCUGCGGAGGAGAACGAUGCCGUCGAAGGACUGGUGGUGCUCGCGGAGCUGGGGAAGAAACUGGAGAGCAUUGGAGGGUUUGAGAUUGCGGUUGGACGAAAUGGAAAGGUCUGGUUGGACUGCUCCAAUGCCGGCGAUAGCGCAGUCAAGGCGACCGUCGCCAUUGGGCGUUGUUUGCAGGGCACCGAUGAGCGUAACCUGAACACGACCGACCAGAGGAAGCUGGUGUCGAAGGUUCUACGAGAGAUGAACCUGGGCUUGUUCUGCCGGACCGUGCAUAUCGACGCAAACAAUUUCGUCGCAUGGCUCUUCAUUCUUACACUCGUCCCCGCGGUCCCCAUGGGUCAAAAUUCGUCCCAGCCAACCGGCCUAGACGAUAUGUCUGAUGAUAUGCUUCCUGAGAUACCUUAUCAUCAACCCGCCAAGGACGGAAAAAAGAAAAAGUCGCGAUCGUCCAAACCCAAAGCAGUGGCGUCUGCAACUGAUGCGGGAAAUGGCGAAGCGACUCCGUCUCAGCAUGUCGAUCUGCCAUCGUCUGGGAAGCGCAAAAGGCCGUCGGAACCAGAGCACAAGAAGAAAAGGAAGAAGCAUCAAGCGUCCGAGAACCAUGUGGAAGAAGACGCGGGGCCUAUAAAUGUUAAGGGUUCUUUGCAAAUUUCGAAAAAUGAAGUCACCGAAGUUUCGCCCAAUGGAUGGGAACAGCCCGCUGCGUCGCAACCAAAGGAAACUUCAUCUGAGAAGCCUUCCAAGUCACCCACCGAAGUAGAUGAGAAAGCUGUACCUACUACUCCUCCCGCUUCCCAACCAGUCGAUGCAGGACCAACACCCGACUCCCAACCCAAAGGUGCGCCGGCCCGUGGCGGUAAGGAGAAGAAGAUCAGAGGAUCAAGACCCGGCGGAAAGAACAAUCUGAAGGUGGGAUUUUUCGUCCCAGAAGAAGUUGCUAAGCUGGAGGACUUCAAACUUCGAUUUUGCACCGUCAAUAAAGUCCCCGGGGCGAUUUUCGACGAGAUGGUCCAGCACUCUGAACGUGCCAACGUAGGCGAAUUCCCAGGUCCUGCCGACGUCAUCACCAAGACGGAGUUCUGGAACAGGAUCUAUGCCAUUCUGCCUGAUCGUGACCGGCGCUCUGUUUACCGGUUCAUGCGGCGGCACUUCCAGGAAUCGGGACAGAAGCCGCACGAGUGGACGGAAGAGCAAGACAAGGAGCUCAUCGCGCUGUUUGAGAAGCACGGGCCGAAGUGGGCGCUUGUUGCCAAAAUGAUUGGGCGCAGCGAUGACGAUGUGACCCAGCGGUGGAAGAACCGGCUCGAGCACCGGGACACAAUGAGACGCGGGGCGUGGUCCGAAGCAGAGCUGCGAGAACUCCUGGAGUUCAUGCAGGCAACGUGGGUGAGCCAUAGCACGCUCAAUAUCCCGGAUGCUGGCAAAGACCUUUAUGCGAUGGAUGAAAAGCUUAUUCCAUGGGGCGCCGCGAGCACUGCCAUGAAUCACGUCCGGUCUCGGCAGCAAUGCGCCGAUAAAUGGCGCAAGAUCCGGAGAAAUGUUAUGAAGGAUCGAGCCUCGGGAAACCCCGAUGCGGUCUUUGACCCGGCCGCGGCUGCGAAGAAGAAUGCACGGUGGAACGUGCGGUAUGCGUCCAACGGCAAAAGCAAUGAAUUCGUUGAAGACGAUGACAGUGAUGACAGCGAUGAGGGCGGAUCGAAUAUCCCCGUAACCCCGCCGUCAGCCCCCAGGCACGGCCCUGUAGCCGAGCAGCAGUCCAUGACGCAUUCGCCCGCCGAGGGAGAGAAUGACCCUGAGGAAGAACCCUCGCCCGUGUCUCAGAACGGCGUGGCACAGGACCAUGAAUCGGACGACGCAGCUGAGAGCGAGUCUGAGGUGGCCGAGCCUACGGCCGCCGGUGAAAGCCCGACAUCUUUCCCGGCCCCCUCUACGCCGCAGGCGACGAGCGAUGUUGUCACGCCACGCAGUGAGAAGCGCAAGAAAGACGAAGAGCGGACAUCUCCCGUAGAAAACGAGAAAACCAAGACCGCCACCAAGUCCAAGAAGCGCAAGCACUCUGAGACCGAACCCGAAGUCGAGCCCGAUGACCCAUCUUCUUUGGCCCGAAAGCAGAAAAGGGAGAAGAAGCGAAAGAAGAAGGAGGCGAAACAAAGAGCGCGAGCCGAAGCGGAGCAAAGAGAAAAUGAAGGCCAAGCGCAGGACACACCAGAGAUGAAAACAAAGAAAUCGAAGGAAAAGUGCAAGUCCACACAGGAGUCCCAAAUCACUCAAGAAGCUUCCGACAACGACCUUGCCAGUGUCGCCGUCGAGACCGAGAUCCCUAGGAAGGACAAGAAGGAAAGGAAGAAGCAGAAGAAGAAGGACAAGGAGAAUAAGCGCCGCAAAAGCGAACAAGCGGAGCCUGAAGCCGCGCAGUCUCCCAAGAAGAAGAAACGCAAGUCCAAGAAGGCUGCGCGGCAAUCGACUGGCGAUGUAUAG